AUGGCGCCUCAAAUUAUUCGCCUGCCUGACGGUCAGACCUUUACUGUUACACCUGUUUUUGCAGGUCUUGGUUUCAAAAGCCAUGAGCUUAAUACCCAUCAUAAUGCUUUUCCCGUUGGGUGGACUGUUGUUUUGAAUACAGAGACGGAUUGCGCUUCUGACGAUGAUAGCGCUGAGGAAAGCGAAAAUGGCGCCGCGUUGGAUGGCACGAAGCGACAUAUUCACUCGUUCAAGAAACCGACCCUACAAGGCGACAACCUCUUCAUCUCGUCAAUCGCGAACCCUUCCAACUCCGAGUUCAAACCCGCUGCGAGUCCCACACGCCAAAUCGCCAUGAUGCUGUGGAUUACGCUGUACUGGUACUUUCACCAACCCGAGCCCGAACCUCAGAUGUCUGCGCAAGCAGCGGAGAAGACACCACAGGCCGGCAAGCCGAGGGGUGAAUGGAAGAUUAAUAUCAAGAGGGAUGGAGUUCUGCGAGGGCGCAAUCUUAUUCCGAAGCUUGAGCGCAUGGGACUUAUCACCUCUGGCCGAAGCGCUGUUGGAACGAGUUUGGAUGAUAAUGGGGAUGAUUGGUCGCAUAUGUUUGUGUCAAAGAGGAUGUUUUGGCAAAUUCCUGGACGAUUGUUCUUGUUUUCUCUUCAGCCGAACAGAACUGGUGGAGCAUAUGAUUCGAUGCCUGGAUCGCCAAUUGGGAGUCGACCGACCUCGCCUUUACCGAUGGAACCGUCAUCGCCGUUCCAUAAGACGUUCCAGCGCCAUUCACCACAUUCAUCACUCAAUCGCAUUGAUCAUGACCUUCCUGGUGGACCUACGCCGACUUCAAUGUCAACACCGCCAAGUUUCCCUAUUGGACCUUUCUUUUCCAGCUCACACCUUCCGACUUAUUACCCUCCUCCCCCUCUUCAGUAUAUCUUUACGAAUAAUAUCCGACAUCCUAUUCGACCGAAGCCGCCAAGAAUGGGAGAAGUAUUUUAUACUCGAUUUGUGCCGAGUGUUAACCAGUACCUUUCGUUCCGAGUGGCGUCCAUCUCACCAAACCCGGUACCCUACUUGGGCCCAGUUGGACCGCAGCCACCAGAGCAGUCUCACCUGUCCAGCAUGAACGACACGUCUCUGCUGCAGAUGUGGAUGAAGAAACCUCGCGUUAGCGAAUUCUGGGGCGAGUACGAAGACAAGUUCCUCACCAACGCCCUCAACCAACCGAACUGCUUCCCUGUUAUUGGACUCUGGGAUGGUGUGCCGUUUGGAUACUUCGAAGUCUACUGGGUAAAGGAGGAUAUUCUCGGUAAACAUAUUGGCAGCGAUGCAGAUGAUUGGGAUCGAGGCAUCCAUGUGUUCAUUGGAGAAGAGUGGGCAAGAGGACGUGUUCCGAUCUGGCUGACCGGGCUUGUUCACUGGUGUUUGACGUCGGAUUACAGAACAAUGAGUGUGUGUCUUGAACCGAGGGUAGACAAUGCGAGGUGA